AUGGAGAAGUUAAAACUCAUUAACAGGGAGGUCAAAGGUUGGAAUAAGGCUACCUUUGGAGAUAUCUUCAAGAAAAAGAAGGUUCUGGGCUUCAGACUGGAACAACUUCAAAGUAUUAUGGCUACUGGUAACCCCCCUGACCCUAUUUUGAUGGAGGAAGAGGAGUGUCACAAGAGUUGGAAGGAUAUCCUCUCUAAGGAGGAAGUUUACUGGAAGAAAAGAUCUAGAAUUCAUUGGCUGAAGGAAGGGGAUAGAAAUUUGGCCUUCUUCCACAGAUCGACCUACAUCCAUAGGAGAAGGAACUACAUCAAGAGUCUAAGGGAUGACUCUGAUCAGGAGAUCACUGGUGACUCCUUAAUCAAACAGAGUGCCACUGAAUUUUUCAUAGGAUUAUACAUGGAGUCUGGAAGGAAUGAUGUGUCUCUUCAAGAUAGCCUUUUGAGCAAGCUUUUGAAUGUCAUUGAGGAGGAUGAUAACUAUCAGCUAACUACUCCUAUCUCCUUGGAAGAAGUCCAUUUGGCUGCCUUUGCAAUGGGUGCUUAUAAGACCCCAGGCCCGAAUGGUUUCCCCUCAGCGUUCUUUCAGGAUUAUUGGGACAUUGCGGGGGGUGGAAUCAUCCACGACCAGUUGGGGAAUGUUGUGGCAGCCUACACAGGCUAUCUAAAGAACAAUGUUGUCACUCAAGCGGAGGGAAUGGCCCUCCUAUGGGGUCUAAAAUUUGCCAAUUCCAUAGGAAUUAAACAGCUGGAAAUUGAAGGAGACUCGUAG